UACGAACGUGAUGACGUUAGGAAACCUAGGAUUGGCGGUCUGCCAUCUUUGAUUGUGCGACAGGCCGCGGCGCGAGCGGGGCCUCACUCAACUAGUUUCAGCCGCUCAGUCUCACAAGACAACGGGGGAAAAAACAAAACGAAACGCCCGAGACGAGGGACAGAUAUAUACGGAUAAGCUGAUAUCGUCCAACGCACACAGGGCGCCCAAAGAGCGCAAAUAGAGAGUCACCAAGAUAGCUAAGUAAUAGGGCCCCGGCCACGGAGAAGCGCUAGCAAGUAGUAGGCUGCUAGCCGAGCUGCUAGCUUGCUAGCUUUUGUAAUCUGCCGGCCGUUCACACAACAAGGGAAGAGGGCCGAAACAAGCGCCUGGACCGGCUCGGAAAGGAGACAAGUUAGAGAAGGGACCGGCGGAGACAGGAGGCUGGUUCUGAGGGGCGAGGCCGGAGGAUCAGACUCAAUGAGUUUCCAGCGAAAUGUCCGAGAAGUCAGGGCAGAGCACCAAGGCAAAGGAUGGCAAGACCAAGUACGCAACCCUUAGCCUCUUCAACACCUACAAAGGCAAGUCACUGGAGACCCAGAAAACUGCAGUGGCUGCCAGACAUGGGCUCCAGAGUUUGGGCAAGGUUGCUGCCAGUCGGCGCAUGCCCCCUCCGGCCAACUUGCCCAGCCUGAAGGCGGAGAACAAGGGUAACGAUCCCAACGUCAACAUCGUGCCCAAGGACGGGAGCGGUUGGGCCUCGAGACAGGACCAGCCCGGCGACGAGCGGCAACAAGAGACCCCUCCACCCCAGCCCAAACAGGGGGCGCCUCAGCCACAGGAGGUGUCUGUGAGCACCAGUCGCUCCUGGGCCAGCAAUAAGCAGCCUGGGCCAGUAGACGGAGCCCCCCGGGUGAACAGUCAGUUCCACCAGGAGUUCCCCAGCCUGCAGGCAGCCGGGGAGUCGGACAAGCCGGGGGAGCAGCAGGAGGAGGAGCCGUACGGGCCCGGCCCCAGCCUGAGGCCACAGAAUGUCGGCAGUUGGCGAGAGGGUGGGGGCAGGAAUCUGAACACAGCACCCAGCCCCCCCGAGAUGGAAAGCAAGGUGGCGGAGGAGGGGGCGGAGCGCAGCACGCCCUCCCCCGGCACGGACGCGGACGAGCCCCGCAAACCCGCCGCCGAGGGCCGGGACAAGCGGGACCCCCGGGACCGGCUGGGGCAGCCCGGCCCGCCCGCCCCCGGCCCCGCCCCCGCCCCCGCACCCCAGCCCAAACUCAACGGGGGCCAGCAGCCUCCCGCCGGCGUGCCCCCUCAGUUCGCCCCCCAGUUCAGGGGCAUGAUGCCACCCUACAUGUUUCACGCCUACCCCAGGAUGCCGUUUCCGCCAGUGCAGGGGACCUAUAGGUACCCCGCCCAACAGCAAGACGGAGCCAAGGGCCCCCGGGCUGCCAACAGGCCCUCACAGGGCCACUCGCAGGCCUGGCUUCAGGACCCCGACCGGCCCUCCAUCAUCAGCGCCACGGAGCUGAAGGAGCUGGACAACCUGGACACGGAAGCUGACGAGGGCUGGGCAGGAGCCCAAAUGGAGGUUGACUACACGGAGAAACUGAACUUUAGUGACGAUGAGGAGAACCAGGCUGGAAAGGAGAAGGGAGAGAAUUGGGAGUGGAUGAGUAAGGUGGAGCGCAUGCGAGCGCGCAGCGCUGAGGGCUCAGAGGCCCGGAAGGAGGGCGCGGAGGAGCGAGGGGGGAGCAAAGACUGGGCGGACGGCGCCGACUCCAGAGCUCCCUCUGCUGGCGGGAGGGCGCAGUACGGCAAGCCCGGUCAGCCGGAUUACCAGGGACAACACGCAGGACGCGCCACGGCGACCGGGCCCCCUCGGGCGGGCAAGCCGGCCGCGGCUCCCCCCGCUGGAGAGGAGGACCUGGAAGCGUGGCGGCAGAAGCGCAAGACGCAGUCGGAGCCGUCGGAGGCCGUGGAGCGGGCGCGGAGGCGGCGCGAGGAGGAGGAGCGGCGCAUGGAGGUGCAGCGGCUGGCGGCCUGCGCCGAGAAGCUCAAGCGCCUCAACGAGAAGCUGCGCACCGCUGAGACCCGCGCCUCCCCCGUGCCGCCGGAGGAGCCCGCCGCCCCGCCCGCCGCGCCGCCCGCCGGCCCCUCCCCCACCCCCGCGCAGCAGCCCCUCCCGCCCGCGCCCGUCCCCGUGCAGGACCGGCCCGAGCCCAGCGAGCCGGAGGAGGACCAGCCGUCUGCGUCCCCGCAGCCUGACGUGGGGGAGAGCGGCGUGCGGGAGCAGCCUGGGGACGCGGAGGUGCCCGCGGAGGAGGAGAGCCCGGCUGAGCGCGCUCCAGUGAGAGACUGCUUCAGCGCGGAGGAGAACCGAGGAGCCGAGGAGCCCCCCGUGCCUCUGUCCCGUGUGGAGCCCUCCAGCCAAGAGGACGCCCCAACGCUGCCCUCGGAGGUGGAGGGAGAGCCAGGCGCUGCAGUUCGCCCCUCCCUCACCUCCGGGUAUUCCAAACAGUUUCAGAAGUCUCUUCCUCCUCGCUUCCUUCGACAGCAGGAGCAACUGAAGCAGCAGCAGCAGCAACAGCAGCAGUGGCAGCAGCAACAGCAGCAGCAGCAACAACAGGGGGGCGCGGUCUCCCCGUCGGGGGCCCCAGGGCCGCCCCCUCAACAUCGCUCUCUCUAUCAGCCCCUGGGGCCGCACCCCCAGCAUCUGGCCUCUAUGGGCUUUGAUCCCCGCUGGCUGAUGAUGCAGUCCUACAUGGACCCCCGCAUGAUGUCCGGCCGGCCACCUUUGGACAUGCCGCCCAUGCACCCAGGGAGAAUACCUCCGAAGCAGCUGGUGCGCAGAGACCCUGCAGACAGCAGCGGCUCCGGCUCGGACUCCUUUGACCACCUGACCCGACCCAUCCGGGAGCACGGCCUCCCCAGCGAGCAGCGCAUGGUGUGGGGCUCCGAGCCCUAUCCCCCGACCGAACCCAUACCCUCAGUCACGCCCCCCAAAGGACGGGAUGAGACCAAGGAGCCCAGAAUGGACUCUGGGCUGGAGCUGGAGAGGCCCGUACCUGCUGUAUACCCGCAGGAGCACAGUCCGCUGGAGCCGAGGGGGAAGAGCGACUUCUUCCGGGACUCGUCCGAACCGCUGUCUGCCUUCGGCUGCGGUCCGGAGGAGGCCCCCGGCCUGCUGCAGCCCGACAGAGGCCCCGCGGGGCCGGUGUUUGAGCCCCCGGAGGCCAGUCUGCCCUGCGGGGAGGAGGCGGAGACCCUGGGCCACUCGCUGCUGAAGAGGAGCAUCUCGCAGGGGUCCAGCCACUCGCUCAAACUGGAGGAGCCGCGCUUCGACGGCGUCCCCGCCGCCUCCAAGACCCAGGAGCUCCCCGACCCCGCGGAGCCGACGGAGGACAAGGCCCGCAGCGAGCCCUUCCCCCAGGGCCUGCCGGGCGCCAACCGGGCCACCCCGCCCGCGGAGGUCACGCACAAAGCGGACAAGCUGCCCUCGCUGGCCGCCAACAAGCAGAAGGCGGACAUGCGCUGGGGCCAGCGGCUGGGGGCCGGGCGUCGGGACGGCCCGGCGGGGGACAGGCCCGUGCGCCGGUCGGGGCCCAUCAAGAAGCCGGUCCUGCGGGACAUGAAAGAGGAGCGCGAGCAGAGGAAGGAGAAGGAGGAGCGCCACGAGCGCGGGGAGCGCGGGGAUCGCGUCAAAAAGGAGGUCGCCGUCAAGGCCCCCUCGGCUGCAGCUGCCCUCAUGGAGGGUCAGAAACCCCCCGGCGAGGUUAAGAGGGAGCAGGCUGCGCCCCCCGAUCUGGGAGACUCCUCGAGCAGCAGCUCAGGUAAGCCCAGAGGGCCGCAGCUGCCCGCAGGUACGCAGGGUCCGGCCCCCCAGGAGGACAAACAGGACAAGUCCCUGGCAGCGGACAAGCAUCCCGAACCCAAACCGGCGUCUCGCAAAGAGUCCAGCCUGCCUCCCCGGGCGUAUCGGAGGGAGGAGCGCGAGAGGGACCGGGAGAGGGACCGGGAGAGAGAGAGGGAGAGAGAGAGGGAACGCGAGAAAGAGAGGGAGAAGGACUGGCCCAUUGACCCGAGCCACAGGGGCCGCGGCCGGGGAGAGUACUACUCCCGAGGGCGCAGCUACCGCGGGAGCUACGGCGGGCGGGGCAGGGGCAGCCGGGGCCGCAGCCGCGGGGACUACCCCUACCGGGAGCCGCGCUCGCGCUCCGACCUGCCGCUGUCCGCCGCGGGGGGCGCGGGCUUCCGCUGCCGCGAGGAGAGCGAGACGCGCAGCGAGAGCUCCGACUUCGAGGUGCUGCCCAAGCGCCGGCGCCGCCGCGGCUCCGACACCGACUCGGAGAGCGAGGGCCGCGAGUCGGCCAGCGACACGGGCGCCUCGGACCGCGAGCCCAGCGCCAAGCCCAGCCGCCCGCUCCGCCGCGAGCUGCCCGAGGCGCGCCGCGGCCCCAGACCGGGAGGGGCCCCGUCCUUCGGCCCCCCCCACGCGCCCGACAAGCCCGGCUCCCGCGAGGACGAAGGCCGGCCCAAGCCCGGCUUCCUGCCCAAGGGAGAGCCCUCGAGACGGGGCCGGGGGGGCCUGUACAGCCGCAGAGGGGCCGGCAGGGAGCGGGGCGGGCCCAGGUCGGUCCCCCUGCGGAGGGCGGGGAUGAGGGAGUCCUCGCAGUGGCCCUCCAAGCCCAUGGAGACCUUCCGCCCCGAGGAGGCGGACACCUCCAGGUUCGACAACCCCGGCCUCGACAGGCGGCCGCCCAAGUACGACGGGAGGAAGUUUGGGGAAGCCGGGCCCGGCAGCCGAGAGCGACCGCGCCGGCCUCGCCCCGCCCGCCCCCCCAGGCAGGACAAGCCCCCCCGCUUCCGCAGGCUAAAGGAGCGGGAGGCUGCCGUGAUGGCCAGCGAAGUUGCCUCGGAGACCCCCGCCCCGGACUCCGCCUCCCCGACCCUCUCCAAGGCGCCGGGGUGUGCGCCGCCCUCGUCCGAGGGGGCCGCCCCCGAGCCGGCGCCGGCCGCGGGGGCGGUCCCGUCCGACGCGGGGCCCACCGCCGUCGUCGCCGCGGGGAGCAAAUCGCCCGACCUCUCCAACCAGAACUCGUCGGACCAGGCCAACGAGGAGUGGGAGACCGCCUCGGAGAGCAGCGACUUCAACGAGCGGAGGGAGCGCGAGGAGAGGAAGGAGGCGCUGGAGUCCGCGAGCGUUGCCUCCGCCGCUGCCGCCGCGCAGGCCCCCCAGGGCGCCGGCGCCCCGAGCAAGGCCGCCGGGGAGGGGGGGCUCACGCCCAAACGCGAGGCCGCAGCCGCCGCCGCCGCCGCCAAGCGGAGCUUCUCCAGCCAGCGGCCCGUGGACCGGCAGAACCGGAGGGGCAACAGCGGGCCCAAAUCCAGCCGGGGAUACGCGGGCGGAAAGGGGGAGCGCAGGGGGGGGUCUGGAGCCAAGGCUGGCCGCAGAGGUGCCGCCCAGAACUCUGAUGCCCACGGGGGCGCAGGCCAGCGACCCGCCAAGGACUCCGCCUCCCGCCGCAAAGAGGACGCCAAGCAGGCCGCCAAGAAGCCCAAGGAGAAGGCCGACGCGCUGUCCCAGUUCGACCUCAACAACUACGCCAGUGUGGUGAUCAUCGACGACCACCCGGAGGUCACGACCCUGGAGGACCCCCAGUCCAGCGCCAACGACGACGGCUUCACGGAAGUGGUGUCGCGCAAGCAGCAGAAGCGCCUGCAGGACGAAGAAAGGAGGAAGAAGGAGGAGCAGACUGUGCAGAACUGGAGUAAGAAAGGCUCUGGUGAAAAAGGAAGAGGUGGGGGUUCCAAGCUGCCUCCUCGAUUUGCCAAGAAGCAGCAGCAGCAGCAGCAGCAACAACAACAACAACAACAGCAACAACAACAACAACAACAACAACAACAGCAGCAACAACAACAGCAACAGCAACAGCAGCAACAACAGGCGAUUGCAUCUUCCCAGGCCGCCCACCUGGCCCCUGCUCAGCCAGCAGGCCAGCCCCAAGCUCAGCCGCAGCCCCAGCCGCAGCCUCAGGAGGGCGCUGUGGCGCUGCCCGGCGCUGUGGACUUCACCGGGAAGAGCCUCGCCGCGGGGCCGGCCCACGGCAGCCUGGGCACCGAGCUGUGGGACAGCAAGGUGGCGGGGUCGGCCGUCCUCCCCGACAUGAAGAAACUGGGACCCAUCAGCCCGCCCCAGCCCCCGUCCGUCAGCGCCUGGAACAAGCCUCUGACGUCAUUCACCGGCACGGUCACGCCCGAGGGGGUGAAGUCCGGUGUGGAGGUGGGCGUGGAGCUGGGCAUGGACAGCAUCCAGUUCGGGGCGCCCUCGUCGGCGGGCAGCACGGACAGCGACGGCGUGCCCGCCAUGCUGGAGAAGGGCUCCGACAACAAGCUGCCCGAACCCAAAGAGCAGCGGCAGAAGCAGCCCCGCGCCGGGCCCAUUAAGGCCCAGAAGCUUCCGGAGCUCAGUCCCCCGGAGGCCAAGGAGUACAAGCCGGGCCCCAUCGGGAAGGAGCGGUCCCUGAAGAACCGCAAGGCCAAGGACGGCCGGCAGUCGGAGGGCGAGGGGCCCGACAAGGGCGGCCCCGGGGGCGGGCGCGGGGCCGACUCGGGCUCCCCCACCAAGGACGGCAAGGUCCCCGAAAUGGGGGGCGACAUAGAGGGCAUGAUCACCGCCCCGUCCGUGGAGUACGGGAGCGUGUCCAAGGAAUCCGUGACGGACUACACCACCCCGUCUUCAUCACUGGCUGACAGCGUCCCCACCGGCGUGAGCAAGAUGGAGGAGAGCCUGGUAGCCAAUGUGGCCCUGCCCCACACCCUCCCGCUGCCCCGCAGAGAGGCCCUGCAGCAGAGCUCCGCCCUCACCACCGUCUCCCCGGCGACCGUGGAUCUCACUCUGAAGAUGGAGUCGGCGCGUAAGGCAUGGGAGAACUCGCCCAGCCUGGGGGAGAAGAGCUCGCCCGUCACCUCCUCGGCCUCGCCCAUCACCAGCGGCAGCGGGGGAGGCAGCGCCUCCUACAGCUCCUUCUCCAGCGCCUCCAUGCCGCAGAUACCCGUGGCCUCGGUCACCCCCAGCACCUCCCUCUCAGAAAGACUGCUUCUAAAAUCGUGGUGGUUGUUACACAGUGACGAAUGCUCUGGGACCUACACCACGUCCUCUCUGAGCACGAAGACCACCUCCGCCUCCGACCCCCCGAACAUCUGCAAGGUGAAGCCGCAGCAGCUGCAGGGCGGGGGCGUGUCGGGGGGCUUCUCCCAGCUGGGCUGCGUGCCCUCCCUGCUCCCCCAGCAGCAGACGCCCCAGGUCUUCGUGUCCCAGUCCGCAGCUGCAGCAGGCUCUGCGGCGCAGAUUCCUGCCUUCUACAUGGACACCAGUCACCUGUUCAGCCCGGCGCACCCCCGCCUGGCCCCCCCGUCUCUGGCUCAACAGCAGGGCUUCCAGCCCGGUCUCUCUCAGCCGACGGCGGUGCAGCAGAUCCCCAUCCCCAUCUACGCGCCUCUGCAGGGGCAGCACCAACAUCAGCACCAACACCAACACCAACAUCAGCACCAACAUCAACACCAACAUCAGCAUCAGCAUCAGCACCAACACCAACACCAGGCCCAGCUGGGCCUGAGCACCGGCCCCCCGGUGUCCCAGCCACAGGACCUGUUCAGCUCCUCCCUGCAGCCCUACAGGUCAGCAGUGUGCAGGUCCCAGCAGGCCUUCAUGCAGAACAGCCUGUCGCAGUCUCCCAUGAUGCUGUCGGGCACGACGCUGCACAGCUACCCGGGCGUGCAGCCCCCCGAGCUGGCCAAGCCGCAGUCCAGCCUGGCCUACCAGCAGACCUCCAGCGCCCAGCACAUCCCCAUCCUGUUCGAGCCCCAGCUCAACCAGCCGUCGGGCCUGGGCGGCUCCCAGCUCAUCGACACGCACAUCCUGCAGGCGCGGCAGGGGCUGAGUCAGCACUCGAACCUGUACUCCGGCCAGGUGCAGCAGCACGGGCAGAGCAGCUACUACAGCUCCACGCAGUCCCCCAGCUCGGCCCUGCAGCAGGUGACUGUGCCUCUCCCCGGCUCCCAGCUCUCCAUGCCAAAUUUCGGGUCGGCAGGAGGCCAGCCUCUGCUCGCCCUGCCCCAGUCGCUGCCUCCCACUCCGCCCCAGGCGCAGCCCCAGAGCCUGAGCCGCCAGCCCCCCAUCAGCCAGCCCUUCCGCGGGCUCAUGGGUCAGAGCGGCCACAGCAUGAUGCAGCCCUCCAGCAAGAUGUGUGAGAUGGAUUUGAAGCUGUUUGGCAGUGGGAUGGAUAUGAAGCCUGGGACUCCCCCAGUGAGCGCUCGGAGCACCACCCCCACCUCCAGCCCCUUCAGGUACCGCCCUGGCACGUUCCAGUCCAGAGCGAGCUCCACCAGCCCCAGCAGCCAGAGCAGUAAGAUGAACAGCAUGCUGUACCAGAAGCAGUUCCAGUCGGGCUCCGCAGGCAUGCGCAUUCCUCAGCACUACGCCGGGCAGUUCACCCCGCAGAUGCUGUCUCAGCCCAGCCUGGUCUCCCCGCUGGUUCGCCCGCCCCACUCCAGCUCGUUUCCGGGAGGCGUGCAGAGGACUCCGCUGGGCCCCCCCAUGUCCCCCUCCCUCGGUGCCGGGCUCAUGCCCCACCCCAGGCCUCAGCACCCGCCCCGUGGCCCCCCGGGGCCCUCCAUGGGCCCUCGGGGUACGCAAGCUGCACUGAAGGCAGAGCAGGACCUGAAGGCUAAGCAGCGUGCCGAGGUGCUGCAGUCCACCCACAAGUUCUUCUCCGAGCAGCAGCAGCAGCAGCUCAAGGCCCCGGUCAGCAAGCCGGGCCGGGUGGACGGAGGGGGGAAGGUGGUCGACAGCGUGGCCCCCAACCACCAGGGGGGGCCGCCAGGGGGCUCGGAAGCAGAGAAGCCCCCCUCCCUCGCCGGGCCCAAGCCCGUACGGACCGGCCCCAUCAAGCCCCAGUCCAUCAAGCCCGAGGAGAGCAAGUAGAGAGAAACCCCCCCACCCCCUAACCCCCCCCCCCCCCCGCCCCCGGUCGCCUUGGCGCCCGGACCCUCGGGAGAGGGGGAGGCUCCGCUCGCGCACUUACUCACACACACUCACCGACUCGCACGCCCCCCCACCCCCACCCCCACCCCGGCCCGUCCCCAUCGUAGGAUUAGGAGGAGCAUCCUCCCUCCCCCACCCACCCCACCCCACCCCCAGGGGCGUCGGUGGGCUCUGCAUUUGUGUUGAGUUGGGCCCCUCUUUUUUAGCAGGGGGGGGGAAAUGGCACAGCUUCGAUGGCUGCACACGGAACGUGUACGAAUGAAGAUACAGUAAAGAAAUGAAAUCCGCUGCUGAGUUUGCAAUUUUCUUUUAUAGCAAUAUAUCUUUUUCUCCAUGGCUUUUCUUUUUUUUUCUUCUUUUUUUUUUUGAGUGGAAUCACAUGUAUUUGGAGGGAGUUUCUUUGUUCAUUUUUUUUGUUUUGUUUCAAAUGCUUUUUUUUGUAGUAAAAACAAUCUAAUUUAAAAAAAAAAAAAGGUGUUUUAGCGAGCAAGUCUUUUUUUCCUCGUUCCUCCAGUAACUAAUCGCAAAGGUUUAGGGAAACUAACGUCGAGAAGCGAGCAGCAGCGCGUCGAUUGACCAUUUGAACGGGACGCAGCGUAGUUGCCGCGCGCGCCCCCUCCCUCCCUCCCUCGCCGCCGAGCGUUUUAACCGAGUCCGCUGCGCGUCAGGAAACCGCUUGGUUUUGCCUUUUUUAAAAAUCGCCCGCAAGGGAAGUGCGAAGUCGCCGGCGGGCGAGCGAGCGAGCGAGCGUGUGAUUGACGGGUCGGGCGAUUCGACUGCGGCCUCUCUCUCCGCUUUAAGCAUGGGCUCUCCUCUUGGUGUCUGAGCCGAGGCAGAGUCGCGGGAGGGCGGGGGUUUGGAUUUCGGAAGGGCGUGGUGAACAGUUAGGCCGGGCCUGGCUCUAGGUAGCGGUUUCUCGCCUUUUGUGGCUCCUGCUAACCAGCUCUCCUCUCCAUAGCAAAGCCGACCCAUACGACCCAACCUGCGAUUAUCACUCUUUUUUUUUGAAUAUUUUCAUUCUCUCCAUCCUCCCUACCCCUCCCCAUCCUCCCUCCUCCUCUCUCUCGCUCUCGCUCUAGUAUAGUUCCAGUUAGGACGACGACUCAGACCAUGCUGCUGUAGAUAAAGAAGAUCGUACGACGUUGAUCACGAGAGAAAAUCACGACAUAGGACGGGUUUGGAGUAGCUGGGGGGGGGGGGGGGGGGUGAGUUUCGAUUUUUUAUACUAGCGAAGAAUCCGCGUGUUAUCUCUGAGGGGCGAGGAGGGCCUUGAGGUGUAACGGUUGUUCCGAUGUCUCUGGCCUGAAGGACAUUUUUUUCUGUUGUAAAGACGCAUCCCCCACCCUGUCCUCUCCAGGCUCUCUCUUAGCACGGCUAUGCUAUCCCCCACCCACACUCACCUCUGCAGCAGCACUGUGGCACCGGUGGGGCCGGUACUCUGCCUGCACCCCGAGGGGCUCCAGAACCUUCUAGACAUCUCGUGAGGAUGAGAACAUUGUCGUGGAGGACAGGGGAGGGAGUGGGCAAUGAGAUUGGAUUGGUUUUCUUUUUUUUUUUCUUUGUUUUUUUUUCUUUGUUUUUUUUUUUUUGUUUUACUUGUACAGGGGUUUAAUCGCUGUAUUAAGAUAUGUAAGGUCUUAUUUACAUUAUCUUGGUUUGGUUACAGAAACUAAUAAAAUAAUAUGCUGUAAAAAUGGAA